CGAAAAACUCGCUAAAGAAAGAAAUCAGCAUGGAAGUUGAAAAACUUUGAAUUCCCUUGAUUCUGACAGCUUUUGCUGGCGUGAGUGGCCCAGAUUUGUUUUUCUAUGCACCUUACAGCGCGCUCGUUUGGAGUGUGCUCGACGUUUCAGUAUUUUUUAAGAUGGCUAGUCCGAGGACCCGGAGGGUUUUGAUGGAUGUUAAGAAGAUCAACGCUAACCACGUAAGAUACUCUAUGUCAUUACAACUAACUAAAGUGUUUUUUACGUACGUAUUUUUGGAAAUCAAGCUGUUAAACAUAUGUUUGUAAAUAGUGUUAGAGUAUGAAUUGGUGCAUUGACUUCAGUGUGAAUUAAUUUAACUUCUGGACAGAAGUCCUCUGGUACACUGCUCAGCCGUCCUACUUAUACAGGAAUUAUUACACUUGGCUUAAUGGUAUGCUCGAACAAUCAACAAAUAUAAUUCGUGCAAAUCAAUCUGUGUUUUGAAUGCGGGUCCCCUAAUCCUCAAUGGGCUAGCGUAACCUACGGUAUAUGGAUAUGCUUAGAGUGUUCCGGGAAACAUCGGGGAUUAGGUGUUCACUUGAGUUUUGUUCGUUCAAUUAACAUGGAUAAAUGGAAAGAAUUGGAGUUAGAGAAAAUGAAAGUUGGUGGCAACAAUCAUGCUAAGGAGUUCUUUGCUUCACAACCAGACUAUAGACCUCAGUGGACUCUUCAAGAAAAGUAUAAUAGCAGAGCUGCCGCCCUGUUGAGAGAUAAGAUAGCUACUGAAGCGUCCGGUAGAAUGUGGAGCGAAGAAACUUCUAGUGUCUGUAAUACGCGUACCGGUAUAAGCCACGUAAAAACCACGAGUGAUCUGCCAUCUUUAUCUUCAGAUAAAUCAAGCUCAAAUAACCUUCGUAAAGACCACGAGACUUCUGCAUAUAAUUCUGGACCUAACAGAAUGCCUAAUUGCCAUUCAGAUUUAGAAUCCUGGUUAAAAGACACAAGUUUAUCCGAAGAGCGUAGUUCUUCUAAAGAGAUUCCAGAUUGGGCUAAUUCUAGGUCGGCGAAUUGCAUGAGCUAUGAUAGUUCUUCGGCUAGGCACUAUUCACUAGUACCUGAAAGUAAUAAUGAUGCCUCUACAUGGCAGUCAGGUUGGGCUAUGUUCAGUCAGGUGGCUUCCGCAGCUGCUAGGCGUACAAGUGAAUUAGCUUCUCAGGCUACUCAAAAAACCAAAGAAAUAACGCAUUCUGUUCAUGAGAAAGUUAGAGAUAGCAAUAUUUUGGAUUCGUUGUCAAAGGGUGUUGACACUGUAGCAACUAAGUUACAAACAGUCAAGACUCAAGGGAUUCGAAGUUUUGAGUCAUAUUGGACUUGUAACCCACAGUCGGACUUGUCCACUGGGAAUUCUGAAAAGUCCUAUGGAUCCACUCGUUUUGGUUCACGCGAGCAAGAAUAUUCUAAUUCAGAUCUGCAGCGUUCAGCCGAUUCAUCGUACAAUAGAAUUGAAAACAAAGAAGCUUUCUUUUCGGAUGCAAAAUGGACUUCUAGUGAAAAUUGUGGCUGGGAUUUAAGCAAUGAUCAAGAUUGGGGAUCAACUGAUAAUUGGUCGACUGGAGGAGAGUCUAAGACAACUGUAUCGCCAACAUCAUCUGGUCAGUCAGUCAGCCAGCGACGUGAUUCAAAAUUCACUACUACUGCCGGAUGCAAUCGAAGUAGGAAGAAUUCAUAAAAAACAAAAAGCCAAUUGUCAUUGAGUGCUAACUUCUCGUUCUUGUCUUCUUUUUUAUAUAUAUUACUGUGGUGCACAAAGGUGGUCAGAUUAAAAUUGUAUGUAUGUGUGGGUGUGUUGAUUUGCCUGUGAACACACUCUCUAACACAUACUAACCAGGUGAAUGACUUUCUUCUUGCUUUUGUUUAUACUACUUUACAUCUAUUUUUUUUGAAAAAAAUUUUUUUUACUAUCUCAUUUCUGCUAUAUUAUCUCAUACUUGAAAAGAAAACUUGUCCCUUCCUUUUUUAAAGUUUGUUUAAUUCAAUUGACUUCUUCAAGUGAUGGUCAAGUUUUGUCGUUUUUUUUUCUUUUUGGUAUGCGUAAAUUUUCUCCUCUUGUCGUCGGUAUGACGAUAUUAUCGACGAUGGUGCUGAUUAUGAUUGUGAUAUUAUACAUAUAUCUAGACCCUUAGUGAUUCUCCUCUUUGUUUAUCUUUCACAACUUCUAUCUUUGUAUGGGUUAGUUAUUUAUUUUGGCCGGUAAACUCACAAACACACAGUUGGUCGGUGAUUUUUCUUUUUACUUAGUAACAUUUAUUAGGAGUUUGUGGCAGUAUAUUAUAGGGUGUGAGAUUUCCUUUUAUCCACAUUUUGAAUAUCUCUUUUAUGCUUUAUUAUGUUAUAUUAUAUAUAUCUGUGGUUACCUUUUUAUUCAAAGAGACAAAGAGCUCCCAGUGCUAUAAAUAUAUAUACAUAUAUGGAGUGACUGGAUUUACCUUUUCCUUAGAAUAUAUUUUAUGGGUAGGUUAAGUGUUAAUACGGUGCAGUAUACAAAUACGGCAGCAUCGAUCGUCACAUUGCGGAGCGUUAGUCAACAGAAGUCACCGGCAAAAUUUAGAUCUGGUUUUUUGUUGUUUUGUCGGUCAAGCCUAUUCCCCUCCUCUCACACUCCUCACUAUCCAUGGCAUGAUCCAUCCGGCACAGGUGAAAUUUAAGUAAGGAGUUGACUGUUCUUCUUCUAUGCUCCGAUAGAUUAUGACGCGCGUAAUGUUGUGACUAGGUCUCUGCAUGAUUUGUUUUUCCUGAAUCUAGUCUGUUUCGGGCGAAGUACUUCAUCCAGUGCAUCAUUUGGCUUUUGCGGCCUAAUAUUUUGCUUUGGUGAUUUCGGUUCUAGUCUUUGCAAAGACUUAAACUAUCCUCUGGCAGUUUGACAAGUCUUCUUGUCUGUAAGGCCGUUACAUAUAUUUCCUGUGGUAAUGACGUGAAUAUGUCCGCUGCGAUCUUUGUGUCCAUUUUCAAUGCUUCUUAGGAAAGACCUCUGAUCUUGCUGUCUUUGCCUUUCUGGCUAACUUCCAAAUUUACAUUUAUGACAUUUAGGACUUCUGCUUUUGUCGGAGGAUCGGUGUUCACUGGCAUUUCUGCAGUUGUUGAUGGACAAGUUUUAGGUGGUAAUUGAUUUAAGAGGAAUUCGAAGUGACCAGCCCAACGUUCCUACUGUCUCUCCACUUUGGUAAUGAGGUUUGCUUCACUAUCUUUCAUUGCUUUUGUCUUAAAUAAUAAUAAUAAUGGCUUUAUUGCAAAUAGUCUGGAGUCUUCAACAUGUAAUACAAUAUUUCAUUU